UGUUUCCUUAAAAAAUGGAUGAAUGACAAGUCGGGAGUUUUAAGACUAAGAACAUUGAAGAAUAUGCCACUCGAUGAUCGAAGGAGAGGCUUUGUAUGUACCCAUUGUCGAAGCAGCUCCAUGGGCUUUGCAGAACCUCGCUGUCGUGCUUCUCUCACCUCAUAGACCGCUGCUUACGGUCGAAGUCUCCCAAUUUUGCAAAGUCCAUUCAUGCCAAGCUGAUCCAGGUCGGAUUAAUCAGCAAUACUUUUCUGGGUAAUCGCUGUCUCGAUCUUUACGCUAGGUUUGGCACCACUGAUGACCUUUUGAGAGCCUUUGAUGAGAUACCCGGGAAGAAUUUGGUGUCUUGGAACGUUUGCUUGAAGGGGUUGUUGAAGCUCGGUGAGUUGUCAGGGGCGCGUAAGUUGUUCGAUGAAAUGCCACAGAGAGAUGUUGUCAGUUGGAAUUCGAUGAUCUCGGGGUAUUCCUCAGCUGGGCUUGUGGGGUCUUCAAUGGACAUGUUCCUGGAGAUGCAGAAAGCCGGGACGAGGCCGAGCGAAUUCACGUAUUCGAUCUUAGUCUCGCUGGUGUCCUGUGCCGAUCAUGGCAAACAAAUUCAUGGGAACAUGGUCAUAAACAAGGUGAAUUCACUUGGCUUGGUUCUGGGAAAUUCUCUCAUUGACAUGUACGGGAAGCUUGAUUUACUUGACUCUGCGGUUGCCGUGUUUAUUCGAAUGGAGGAAGUGGAUAUUAUCUCGUGGAAUUCUUUGAUUCUAGCCUUUCACUACAGCACACACAGUUUGUCGGCGCUGGAGCAGUUGCGUUCAAUGAUGCAACAAGGAUAUUCUCCAGAUGAGUUUACCUUAUCAUUGGCUACGACAAUUUGUAGUAACUUGCAAGAUGUUGAGAAGGGUAAGCAAGUCUUCGCUCUCUGUAUGAAGUCAGGAUUUCUCUCUAAUUCCAUUGUUUCAAGUGCCGCUAUUGACAUGUUCUCGAAAUGCGACAGAUUGGAGCACUCGAUCCAGCUCUUCGAAGAAGUUGGCAAAUGGGAUAUCAAGAUCUGCAACUCCAUGAUCUCGAGCUAUAUAAGCCAUGGUUUUUCUGAGGUUGGCUUGCAACUUUUUGUCCGAGUCUUGAGGACAGGCCUUGGGCCCACAUGCUUCACCAUAAGCAGUCUGCUAGGUGCAGUUUUCGUGCUUCCAUCGGAUCAGGGAAGUGAAAUCCAUUCACUGGCUGUGAAGUUGGGUUUCGAGUCGGAUAUAGUAGUAGUGAGCUCUCUUAUCGAAAUGUACAACCGUUUUGGUCUGGUAGACUCUGCCGAGAAGAUCUUUCUCGAAAUGAGUGUAAGGGAUUUAAUUACUUGGAACACCAUCAUUGUGGGUUUGGCUCGAUAUGGAAGGGCAGAAGAAGCGCUCAAACUUUUCAGAAUCCUAAUUGACACGGGCCUAUCUCCUGAUCGGAUAACCGUCUUUGGUGUUCUUGAAGCUUGCUUCCAUGGAGGUUUCUUAGAUCAAGGAAUGUACAUAUUCUCAUCAAUGAAGGAGAAGCAUGGAGUAAGUCCUGGGGAAGAGCAUUAUAACUGCAUCAUAAAGUUGCUAGUUCGUUGCGGGAAACUCGAGGAAUCAGUUGAUCUGGCACAAAGGAUGCCUUAUGUACCGAGUUAUGAGACAUUGCAUCUAAUACUUAGCGCCUGCAUUGCUCAGUCUCACGGAGACCUUGGGCUUGUCAAGAUGAUCGCAGAAGCUUUGAUGACUGUGGAACCGAAGUUGGUAUUGCUGUUGCCUUAUCGGGUAUUGCUUAAGGAAUACGAGAGGAGGGGAAGAUGGGAGGAGAUGGUGAGAGUUGGGAAGUUGAUGAAGGAGAGCGAGACGAAGAAGGCGGUUGGAAGCAGUUGGAUCGGGAUUAGGACGCGCAUGUUCACAUUCAGGGCAGACCAGCUGCAGCAUCAUGGUGGGCGAGAUCUUUAUUCGAUUCUAAGAUUACUGAACUGGAACCUGGAAGGAGGACACAAUUGAUGGAUUACGUGGGGCAUAUGCCAAUAUAAUGUUGCUAAUUUCCGGUUCAUUUUGCCGCCGUCAUCUUUAUGGCGUUACGUUUCUUCCUCGAGUGCAUUGAGCUACACAUUGUCGCUUACAUUUGAGCACUGAAUUUGGAUCUUGUUCAGAGGCUGAAUUUUAAAAGCAGUACGAGCCCUAUAUACGGGAUUGCUUAUAA